ACAUUUACCCGUGAGUGGCUAGCCUUUUCCCUAAGUUGUUAUUGCUCGUAGUUACCAGAAGUUCCUCAAUAAAUAGACCCACUUUGCUUUCCCUGUUCGAGCCAUCGCUGUUUCUUGUCUCUCAAUUCAUCAUCUUCACCUAUCUCUGAUCAAUAUCGUCGACCUCUCUCUCUCUCAUGGAUUCAUCCAAGGAGGUUUCGCUCGAGAUCUUCCCCUACAUCCGAGUCUUCAAAGACGGCAACUUUGAACGCCUCGCCGGCUUCGAGAUCAUGCCGCCUGGCCUUGACCCCAAGACCGGAGUCGAAUCCAAGGACAUUAUCAUCCUCCCUGACGCUGGCGUCUCUGCCCGGAUCUACCGCCCCUCCUCAGCAUCCACCACCACAAAACUCCCCCUCGUCCUCUACUUCCACGGCGGGGCCUUCAUCAUCUCGUCCAUUGCUGACCCCAAAUAUCACUCCAGCCUCAAUGCCCUUGUUGCCGAGUGCAACAUUGUCCUCGUCUCCGUUGACUAUCGCCGAGUCCCCGAGCACCCCCUCCCCGCGGCCUACGAUGACUCCUGGGCUGCUCUGCAGUGGAUCACUUCAGAGGAAGCCCGGGGCGAGCCGUGGCUCAGGGACCAUGCUGACUUCGACCGGCUCUUCCUCGCCGGUGACAGCGGUGGCGCCAACAUGUCGCACCACUUGGCCAUGCGACUCAGGGAUGACGUACUAGGCAAGCGGGUCAAGCUCUCGGGGAUCGGGAUGGUACAACCGUACUUCUGGGGCGAGAAGCCGAUCGGGGCAGAGGUGGCGGACCCUGGCCGGAAGGCGUGGGUGGACAGCUGGUGGCGGUUCGUGUGCGUGUCGGACAAGGGGUGCGAUGACCCGCUGAUCAACCCGUUCGCGGUCGGGGCUGCCGGAGUGGAAGGGCUGGCGUGCAAGAACGUGCUGGUGAUCGUGAGCGAGAAGGACAUCUUGCGGGACAGAGGGAGGGUGUACUACGAGAAGCUGGUGGAGAGCGGCGGGCCGGCCGCGGUAGAGUUCAUGGAGAUCGAGGGCGUGGAUCAUGUGUUCCAUAUCUUCGACCCGAGCUGCGAGGAGGCCAAGAGGCUGUUCAAACGCGUGGCCUCGUUCGUGAACAGUGAUGGUGAUGAUCGCAAGGAAGGAGAUCGUAAUGUCAAAGGUGCAUGAAACGGUUUGAGGGCGUUUUCAAAGUUUGUCUUUUACUUUUCCUCGUCGCUGAUGGAGUCUCUGGUCGUCGUCGAGAUGUCGUUUGUCGUGGUGAAAGAACGUGGCCGUCGAUACAUUCCUGGCCACGAGAGUCGUGGAUAGCUUUUGUCAAUUCCUGAUUAUUUUACUAUUAUUUUAUGGUUAUCGACGAUUCGACGUUGCUGAUCUUCUGACCCGACCAACCCGGGCCAGAGAAACGCGUGUCAUGUUCUGACUUUCCUUUUGAAGUUCUAGACUUUCGUUCAUUAAAAGUGAACUUCGU